UGCCACACAGAACACAAAGGGGAGGAGAGAAGGCACACGGACACAUGGAUGGAUGGAUGUCAGCAAGCGAGGUCAGGUGCACAGUCUGUGUUCUGCUGCACUGAUUUUCUGAACCUUGAACAGUUCGAAUAAGAUGUAGUACAGGUAUUGGGGGAUGUAUGGCCACCGAUCGACGCCGCGAUUCCAUACCUGACACAGAAUGAAAUGAAUGGAGGUGCAUGAGGGUGGGUGAGGCGGGUGAGAGCCAGCACGAUUGUCUGUUCUUCUUUUUUUCGGCGUCCUUUGCCCAGCCCACCUGACCUGCACAGGGGGGCAGCAGCCGUAGUGCGCAUAGCACAGACGCUCAGCAUCUGCACCUCACACACACACCACCGACACACACACACACACACACACAUCCAGGCAUCCAAUCGACACCCACAUAUGUUCAUCUGUCGACCACCUUUGGCGGCUCUGCGAAUGACGGCGUCAGGGUCGCACACGCGGUCGAUGAUGCCGUCGCCCUUGCCGUGUGCGCCGGCCAGGAACUGACUCGUGAGCAUCUCAGUGCCGAUACGCGACAGAAAGAACUUGUUCAGAAAGUCAUUCAGGAACUCCUCAGUCUGGCAGAAAGGAACUCUACCAGGUGUGUGUGUUGCCCAGCCGCUGGUUGCUCUCUGUUGUCUGUUGUCUCACCAGCUGUUCGGGGAAUUUUUCCUUCAGAAGCCGAAUACCUGCACCAACACACACACGGAACAGACCACAGACCGUGAAGCUUUUUCUCUCCCUGCCUCCCCUCCCUCAGUCGUGUGUGUGCCGACCAGUGAUGAGGAGCGGCACGACGCUCGAGUGUCGCUUCUUGAGGUUGGUCAGCACCUUGGUGAAGUCCUCUCGCUGCGUGGGCUGCACCAUCCUGAGCUGCUUGAACGAUUCGGCAUAGAUGGACCGCACACGGGAGAUGAACAUGACGUCGGGGUGCGUCGGCAGCGCCUCGAGCUGCUUGAUGCGCGAGGCGAACCGGACAGGCAACUCAUGAGAGAUGAAGUCAGCAACCACCCACACAGACCUGACACACACAUCACCACAUGAGGGAGUGCGGCUGUCUGGCUGUCUGUCUGUCUGUCUGUCUGUCUGUGUGGCUGACUCACUUGACGCUGAGGAUCUUCCUGAGGGUGACGGGGUCUUGCCUCUUGAGCGCAAAGUGCGUGAUCUCCGACUCGAGCAGCUGAUCUGCUCAGUGACGACACAGAGGAAAGAACAGAGCGAUGAUUGUGGAUGCAUUCUUCAGCUGAUCUUCCCUGUCUGCCUCUCUGUCCUUGUGCGCCCGCCGCACCCAGUCGCUCCUUCGACAGCGUCACUUGACCACAUAAUCGACGACAGAGUCGCAUUUUGGUGACAGAUCUUCACCUGCUGAGGCCUCCUGCACCAGCUGCCUCACUCUAUCUGCCUCUUUUCCUUCUCCCUCUCCGUGAUCGCUUGCGAGCUUUUGAGUUGUCGAGUGCGUUUCCUUCGGAGCCGUGUUUGAUGCCUUCCGACGCCCAAAGAAAGCUCUGCUCUAAAAUCGAAGCGUCGCGAUUCAUCGGUGUGGGUAUGUGAUUGCGCAUUGGAGGCGAUGGCGAGUGGAGAGGAUGGAGGCCGCCAUCGUGCUCAUCACACAGUUAACGCGAUGGAUCAGCAGAUGCAGGGGAGCGGCCAGCAGCACAACAACAGUAGCUCCAUGGCCAUGACGCCCAUCAAUGCGGCGGUGCCAAGGAGCAUGCAGCUGCUAGAACAGCCAGAGCGGGCCGUCGGGACCGGGUGAUGCAAUCGUCGAGCUGGCUGCCCUGCCUCUGGCUCCCCUCCCCAGCUGAGCGAAUGCCUCAGCGGCUGCUUUAAUGAAUGUGUGUGGGCGUGGGUGUGUCUCCCUUGGACGUGUGUAUGCGUCUGUGGACAGAUGGAAGGAUGGAUGGAUGGAUGUGAGCAGCACUGCAAAGCGAUGCUUCUGUGUACAGACAGACAGUGGUGGACUGGCUGGCUGACUCGUGUGUGACGCAUUGAACUGAAUGCAUGAUGCAUUCACACAAAGUCGCCCACCAAACACAUGCAGUUCAAACGUAGUAAUUCAUCGUCAGGAAUCGUCGCGUCCACACAGGCAUGGAACACUACAACGAGAAAGAGCACUCCCAUUCUCACGAAUCAAGCAUCCGACAAAGAGGCCAACAUGUUGCACACAAUCGACCGACACCAUCCACUUCAGCCUUAUUUGGUACACAUCACUCCAUGUCUCCCCCUCUCUGUCCAGCCAUCAAUCCACAAAUGCCGAUGCCGAUGCCCCUGCAUCGACCGUUCAGAUGGGCCAAGAGAGCGAGCAGUGAGAGGGGGCGGCCGCAUGAGCGAAGGGGGAGGGGGCGUGGGAGUCGACAGAGGGGUGAAGCCAAAGCCACCAUUCUGGCUUACCAGCCAAUGCGCAGCGCUGUACGGGCCAGAGGCAGUGCACAGCACCUCCUGCCACAGCCUCUGCGACGCCUCAGUCAACUCCCUCCUCGCGCGCAUGACACCAUCAGCCCACCCCUGCUCGGUCCUCACCCGCCCGGGCUCAAACGCACCCCAGCCCGGCGGAUGAUGCACCACUCCUUUGCCAUGUCCCUCUUCUGUCUUGUCCUCAGCCGACGCCGACUCAUCCUUCUUGCUGCCGGCUGCAGAAAUGUGUGGCCCUCGUCUGUGUUUGGCGGUUGAUGUGAGCAGUGCGGGAGUGUGCGGCGGGAUGGGCACAGGGAUCUUGGACUUUGCAGAGCCUAUGUCGUCCUCAAAGCCACGCAGCCUGCGAGUGAGGGAAAGGCAGACAUCGUUGGGGCCUCCCGGUGCUGGUCAUUCUUGCGUGUGUGUCUUGCCUUUGUGACGUCUGCACGAGUGUUUGGCGAUGGAGGUCGGCCGAGUCUGACUGAGUGGACACCAACGACCACUGCCAGGAGGGGAGAAUGCGAGACAUAGAUGGAUGUAUCGGCCAUCAACGUGGAGACACAGCACAGCGUGAUACCCCACACGCUGACCUGACCUGUUCUUGUAUGGCGGCAGGUAGUCUCUCUCCGAUGAUCCACUCCUCCAUCGCACCAUACGCCUCCAGAAUGCCUGCAACCGACCCACCUGUGUCCAUGGAUGAGUGCAUCCAUCCAUUCCCCUGCUCACGCACCAGCGACCAUUGUGCCGGGCCAUCGUGUGGAGAUCUCCUCUCUGCCGACAGCCACGGCAAAGACGACCACCUCAUCGGUGGCUGCACGCACCGUGAAGGGCUCUCUGUCGCCCUGGAGCAGCGAAGACACGCCCACCCAGUCCCCUGAUGUCGCUGUGCACAGCGGCAGCUCCAUACACCAUGUCUCAGCAGAGGAACGCUGAAAGAAUAUCAUCUUGUUGUUGGUGCGGUGCAGCUGUCUGUGUGUCGUUCUCUGCUGACUGUGCGUAUGCGUGCCGCCACUGAUGCGGUGAGAGGCCUCGAGAGGUAUGCCAUGUUGCGCGGGCCGGCUGCCUCGCGAGCGCCUUUCCUCAGCUGGUGCAGCCGGUGCAGUUUCUCAGCCCUCUUGUCUUGCUGCGCCUCUUCAAAGUGUGAAACCUGCAGCUGAAGCGCUGUGCUCUACAUCCACCCACACGACAUCCCGGCAAUACAUCUAUCACACAUGACUGACAAUAUGCAUGCUGCCCAUAUAUCUUUGCAUAUAUCUCACCCACCUGUGUCUCUUGUUUGCUAUCGUCAUCGCUGCCUCUCGCCUGUUUCCCUGUUCCCGGUUUGCCCGCAACCCCUCCAGGCACCAGGCCAUCGAUGUAGAGCGUCCUUGCAAGCCGGGAUCGGCCAGGAGGCAGGUCGAUCACCGCAGUUGGAGGGGCUCUCCUGUCCUUCUUGCCUUUUGGCCGUGCAGGAAGCUGCUCUUGCUGCUCUUGGUCUUGUGUCUCAGUGAGUUGCAGGCCGUCGAGUGUUGUGCAGAGGGAGAGCUGGACGGACCGCCACUUCGGAUGGGCUGUAUGCCACCAGGCCUGCAGGUGGGGGGGCGGAAGUACUGGCUGCUGUGCGGGUGCCGCAUCGGGUCUCUCGGUGGAGGGUUGCUGCCCACACAGAGUAACAAACACAAGUCAUGCGUUUGGUUUGUUCUCUGUGGCUGUGUCGUCGUCUCACCUUCUGCGGGUCGGAAGGUUCCCCGCCUCGAAGGUUUGGUGAGGGGCCGGCGCCUUUGUCCUUGUCUGUCUCUGGCGGCGGGGUGCUGGUCCGAGACAGCGAAGUCCGAUCGGCAAACGCAGCGGCACUCACACUGGCUGCAACCAGCCAGCCAGCCAUAUACACCGCCAAAGAGCAUGGGCACACAGGUGUCUCGUCACUGCUCACUCUGUGAGUGAAAUGACGGCGCGCGGCUGAGCGAUUUCUCGGUGCUCAGAGAGGGCGGCAGUGGGGGCGGCUGCUCCUGCUGUUGCUUCUGGUGUUCCUCUUGGCUGCCUGGUCGCCCCUGCCUGCCCCUCCCCUCCAUCUCUGCCAGCUGCUCCACGGCCAUGGGGUGCGCCAGCAUGUUGUGAAAGAGGGGUGACGAUGGCGCGCUCUCUCCCUCUCCCUCACCCUGCUGCCGCUGUUGGCCAGUGUCUUUCGCGUCGUGAGUGGUGGGUCUAUGUGUCUGUGAGGUUGUUGCGGGUCUGGUGUGCCUGUACGUGUAGAGAAAGGUCGCCUCGCCUGAGGCUAUCACGCCUCCUGACGCUGGGCUUGCUGGGGUCGUGUGAGUGGUGUCGUCUGCACGAGCGUCAAGCAGUGGGUGGGAGGCGUGCGUGAUGACGUCGCCCUUCCGGAAUCGCUGAAUGCGGGAACAUAAAUGCGUUGUGCAUUCAUUAUUCAUGAAUGUCAUGUGUCUGUCUGCGUUGUCUGCUCACUCGUCUGGUGAGGGUGAGUGCGAUCAUUUCCAUGCGGUGGGCCGGCAAGUCAGACGCGCUGGGCAACAGUGACCGUAAGGCAUCCACAUUGCUCUCGAACUCCCGCACCCCGGCAGCCUGCACAACAGACGUGACAAGGACACUCACUCACUCACUGCAUGUCUGUCUGUCUCAUAUAUGACGAAGGAUAUCUGUCUGUGUCUCACGCACGAAAUGGGCGGUCUUGCAGGCCUCUUUGGAUAGGAUGAGCAGCACACACUCCCUGCCGACGGUGUCGGCAGUCAGAGCCCCCCUGUCCUUGAGGGAAUUCUGCAUGGUUUCAAAAUCACGCGACUCGCCUGUCAAUGCAUUACACACACACGUGUGGUCUGGUCGAUCGUGUGUGUCUCGUGUCUGUACUACUUACCUGUGUGCAGUCUCAUGAUGAGGUACUUCCUCUUGCCCGCCGCUCCCUCCCUGCCAGCGCCUUCUGUGGCGCAGAAGGACUGGUGUCUUCGCAGCUUGGCCCACCCACUCGCUGUGCUGCUACGGCGCCUCUCAUGACCGCCACCCUCAUCACCUACACCUCACCAAACACACACACGGCGAAGAGACAGAGAAGAAGAGAGAGAGACAUGUGUCCAAGGCUCUUGGGGACGACAGACUAUGACUGACCCUCGUAUGAGGAUGAAGCAGCCGAUGAGCUUGAGCUGGAGAGUGAGGGCAUGUCGAUGAAUUUGGUCGACCGACGCCGAAUGCUCUUGCGCACAGGCGAUGAGGGCGGGGAGGGGGACUUGGGCACAGACGGGUCGCGCAGAUGCUCAAUCGUGCAGGAUCCCCUCAGACACAGCACAAACGAAUCCCCUGCACACGUAUUAAUUGCUGUACGUAUCCUUACGGACGGACGCAAUCGGUGUGUGUCCAUCCACUCACUCACUCACUCACUCAGGGCGUCGUUGUCGAGCAGCACUUUGCCCUUGGGCUCUUCCCUGGGUGCUGCUGCUGCUGCUGCUGGCUCACCACCGUCAGGGUUGGCAGCGACAGUGGGUGUCUUCUUGGUGGCUGCAGCCCUUGGGACGGCCGGCGGAGGGGGGCAAUACAGGAUGCGACACGCAUCCCUCAACAUCUGACAGACCACCACCGUCACACACACACACACACAGACACCAAUUCAGCUGCCUCUCUCCCAUCCAUGGCCUACCCACCUGGGCCAAGACACCCGGCCGUUGUUCUCUCAAGGCGAACGUGUGUCUGAGCAGAGACACGGCCUUCAGGAAGACGGCGUAGGAUGCGCCGCUCAGGCCCCGCAGAGACUCGAAGGGCAUCACAGACACACGACGCUCCUGGGGCUGGGCCCUCAGCCUCUCUGGCUGGUGCAUCACUCUGCCAGUGAGCGACUUUUGUGCGCGUGGCGCUGUGACGGUCUCGGGACGCAGGGCCUUGCAAAGCUGAAUGACCAGACAGACGCGGGGGAAGAGAGUGGAAUACGAGUCGAGAAUGGCAUUCAUUGCUCAGCUUCCUUACCGCAUUGCAUCCUUCUGCGAGUGCGUUCCUGUUGGAAAGAUUCCACACCGCCUCAGAGAUGGCGCUUGUUUGCGUGAGCAUGACACUCCCGCCGCUGACAAAGGAUUCCCCUCCCCGCCGAGCCUCUUUGACCUUCUUGGCCCCUUCAUCGUUGUGCUGCGCCUCCGAUGUGCUGCGCCGGGCGGCCAGCAGGAUGGAAUUGCACCGAGCUUGGGACAUCG